GAAGCAGAGAGGUGUGUAUGUCAGAUAGUGUUCAACGCUGUGUGGGUGCUAUGGUGUGUGACGUCUGUGUCGUAUUGCGUACACAGUGAUUACGUAUCGUGGAGCGUAGUAUGAAACUGUCGAAUUACGUUGUGCGCUUUUAACUUUGUGAACUCCGUGCAUUAAAUUUAAAGGUCGUUGUGGAGGGGCAGCCCACAGCCCCGGGACUCCCCCGGUCUCCCACGGCGCCCGCGCGCUCGCAGCACGCGCCGUCCGGCAGUCCGGACAUGGACGACCCUUCCAGCAAAAGGCAGGCCACCAGAGUUUUCAAGAAGAGUUCGCCGAAUGGGAAGAUUACUGUAUAUUUGGGAAAAAGGGAUUUUGUUGAUCAUAUAACACAUGUGGAUCCCAUAGAUGGAGUGGUACUUAUCGACCCAGAUUACGUUAAAGACCGGAAGGUGUUUGGUCAUGUUCUUGCUGCUUUUCGGUAUGGUCGUGAGGAUCUGGAUGUCCUAGGACUUACUUUCAGGAAAGAUUUGUACCUUGCAUCAGAACAGAUUUAUCCCCAGGAUAGCAGCACAUCAAAGAGGCCACUUACAAGACUGCAGGAGCGUUUAAUCAAGAAACUAGGACCAAAUGCAUAUCCGUUUUAUUUUGAACUACCUCCCCACUGUCCUGCUUCAGUAACUCUCCAGCCAGCACCAGGUGAUACAGGAAAACCUUGUGGUGUGGACUAUGAACUGAAAGCUUUUGUCGGAGAGUCUCAAGAUGAUAAGCCACAUAAGCGGAAUUCAGUACGGCUCGCCAUUCGGAAGAUUAUGUACGCACCAAGCAAACAGGGUGAACAACCAUCUGUAGAAGUUAGUAAAGAAUUUAUGAUGAGCCCAAAUAAACUGCACUUAGAAGCAUCAUUGGACAAAGAGUUAUAUCAUCAUGGAGAAAACAUAGCCGUGAACGUUCAUAUAGCCAACAACUCAAAUAGAACAGUCAAGAAAAUAAAGGUUUCAGUGCGGCAGUUUGCAGAUAUCUGUCUAUUUUCAACGGCACAGUACAAAUGCACUGUAGCAGAAGCAGAAAGCGAAGAGGGCUGUCCCAUCGGACCAGGGUUCACCUUGAGCAAAGUGUUUGUGCUGACGCCCCUCCUAGCCAAUAACAAGGACAAGUGGGGCUUAGCUCUUGACGGACAGUUAAAACAUGAAGACACGAAUCUUGCCUCCAGCACUUUAGUUGCAGAUCCUUCCCAAAGAGAGAAUCUUGGAAUAAUUGUGCAGUACAAGGUCAAAGUGAAGCUCUGUCUGGGUGCACUUGGAGGAGACUUGAUUGCCGAGCUGCCGUUUAUUCUGAUGCAUCCUAAACCUGAAGAAGAGCCAGCACCAUCUACAGCCCGGCCAUCUCCAUCACAUGCAGUAAAGGAAGAUGGUGAAGAUGUUGUGCCUGUUGACACAAACCUUAUCCAACUUGAUACGGAAGGAAUAUGCCCUGAUCAAGAUGAUGAUAUAAUCUUCGAAGAUUUUGCAAGACUGCGAUUGAAAGGUGCAGAAACAGAUGCUUAAAAAUGGUCAUCGUUGGGGGGGGGGGGGAACAAAAAAAAAAAACACUUCGCUUCUUCAUUGUGCACAGAAAUUACUUUGUGUGGAGUAAUAAGUGACACUGCAAUAAUCACAGCAGUGAAUACUUUUAACUUGAAGGUUGCAACUUCCAUUUGAAGCUCUGGGGUUUAACUUGUAAUUUAUGUGCUUCUUGAAGUAACCAGAGGUUUCAGACAAUAGAGGAAGUGAUAAUGGCAUAUGUGGAAGGUGGGGUGGCAUUUUCUGGUGUUAAGUGAUUAGUACUGAAUAACAACAUAGCCAUUUUCAUUUUGAUAUUUUUUGUAUUGCAUAAUAAUACAACAGUCCCUUCACCAUAUUCUACUGUUACCUUACAUUGCUACACAUUAUUUUAGUUACGUGUCAUCAGUCUGAGCAUUUUAAUUGGUAUUUUUAGUGAACACACUCUCUCGCUCUCGCUCUCGCUCUCUCUCUCUCUCUCUUUCUUUCUUUCUCAUAUGUUGACCUAGUCAGGAGAUAAGGACUGUAAGAUACUUGCCGUUUGUAAAGUUUUUAACCAUAGACAAGAUUCUGUUGUUGUUUCUUAUCCUGUAGGUAAUGACUUAAUUUAAACUGGAAUAAUAAUCCAGUUGCUGUAGCCUGCAAUAAUGUAACACCUUGUUUGCCUGUGCACAUAGGCCAGUACAUGAUAGUCUAUAGAGGUGAUUGUGUAUUGCUAUAGAUUGUGUUCCUCUUUAAUCCAGUCACCAGAGAUCAAUUUCUUUUUGUUGCUGUAUGUACUUUUGAGUGUAAAAGAAACUGCAGAAAUGUUUAUCAGUUGUUAUUGAAUAUUGGUUCCUUAAAUUUUGCCAGUAUUCAUGGUAUGCACCAAAUGUAAACACCCUGCGUUAAACUUUUUAAAUCAAAUCUGUUAGGUGAGACAUUGUUGUUGUUUUUGUUGUUGUUGUAGUUGUUG